GAGUCAUUAAACUGAUAUUUAUCAGGAGAACCCCUCACCUAGAGAUAAAAAUACAUCUCCCUGUGUCAGAGGUCUUGUGCAUGUCUUCCAGUACUAUAGGAGCAGCCCCAGCAAACUGCAGACUUUCGCUAUUCGAAUUCCAAUAUGCCAACGUCUUCUCAACCGGACAGUAUUCCCAGUGCACGCUUAGCUCGACUGGCUCAAUUAGGCGCCGAGUUACACGCAAACAGCACGGAAUCGGCUGUUUGGGCUGCACUAGAACAGACAUUAGCCGACUUCUUCGGACAUUCUUUAUUCACUGUCCUUGCGUUCACUGAGCAAGGAGACGUUACAAGGCUUUACAGCACCAACACGGACCUGCACCCACUAGGAACAAGAAAGAGUUCCCCCACCGCGGAUUAUGACAGAGACAACGUUGAAACUCCACCUCCACCGCCCUGCCGCGAAGCGUGGUGCCAGCAGGUUUUGGUAGACGGCAAUGUUUGGCGUGGCUCCGUGCGCGAGGAUCUGAAGGCAGCAUUUGAAGACUGGGAGCAACUUUGGCAGGCAGGUUUGGGAUCAGUAAUGAACAUUCCAGUCCGCUUGAAUGGUGUCACCAUAGGAUCACUCAACAUCCUUGACAAAGAGCAUGGGUACGAUACCGCCGAUCUUAAGCUGUGUAUUCUGAUAGCACAGAUUGUGGCAUGUUUUAUUCAUCGAGUAGCUGGAGAGACUGUAAAGAAGCAACUAAGCAGAUGAAAAUUGAGACUCUGUUUAUGACUGAUCACAUUAUCGCGGGUGGUAUUCACGUGUAUUACCGAGAAAUAGAUAGUCGACAAGGCACUGAGACAAGGUCCAUCAAAUACUGGAUUGAAAAACAA